AUGUGCUGCAAAACCUCCACGUGUGGUAGCUGCUGUGGCUAUGGCUCUGGCUACGGCAGUGGUUUUGGCUCCAGAUAUGGCUGUGGCUACGGUUCUGGCUAUGGCUGUGGCUAUGGCUCCAGAUAUGGCUGUGGCUACGGCUCUGGCUAUGGCUGUGGCUACGGCUCUGGCUAUGGCUCUGGCUAUGGCUGUGGCUAUGGUUCCAGAUAUGGCUGUGGCUAUGGCUCCGGCUAUGGCUGUGGCUAUGGAUCCAGCUAUGGCUGUGGCUACGGCUCUGGCUAUGGAUCCAGAUAUGGCUGCGGCUACGGCUCUGGCUAUGGCUGUGGCUAUGGCUCCGGAUAUGGCUCUUCCUGCUACCGAAGAUGCUACUCUUGCUGUUAG